AUGGGCAUGCACAAUUUCUACAAGCAAGCCAGUGACAGUUCAAAUCAAAAAAGCUUUUUAAAAAACUCCGCCGGCUUUUUUAUUAGCCACAUAUACCCAGAAUAUUGCUUACCUCAUUCCCAUGAUGUUGUCUCUGAAGUUGCAACACAAACUAUCACAUCAAACUGCGCUGGUAUAUACUACUACAUGUUCAAGGGUCUAUAUAUAAUUGAACAAAGACGAAGAGUUUAUGAAGUGAAGGAGUGUUUCAAUGAAGUUAAAACAGCCACCGGAGAGACCAGCUGGGAAGACCGGCUCUUAACUGACGUUGUCCUGAAACCCAGUUUGGGUCAAGUUUCAGAAUCUUUUCUUGCAAUAGAAGUAACUCUAUAUAAUCUCACGACACUAUUUACGGACUAUCCAAGCAUUCAGAACACCAUUGAAGCUGUAAGCUAUGGGGCCGCAUCAAUUCAAGAUCAGAACCGCGAGACAUCCAACUCUAACACUGAAACUGAAAAAACUAUCAGUAAGGAAUUUCAUGCCAUAGUCAUCAGAGCUGAAGUGGAUCAUGAAUCGAUCGGGAUUAUUAAAAGAUCUCUAGAAUCCGUUCCAAGCUUCCAGAGAAAACACAUUGAAUCAGAAUUCAAGAAAAUAUAUCUUUCUUACGAUCACAAUACUCCUGAUCCUAAAAGUUUUAUUAUAGUAUUUGAAUCAACUGAGAAUCAUGAGAAUUCUGAGGCAGUAAUAUUUGUCGAAAGUAAAAGAGGCAGAGAACGUCUUAAGGAGCAAGAAACUGAAUAUCUAUACUACUCUUUAUACAGUUUUGCUUACGUGGCUCUUUUAUUUUCAGUAUCCAUGGUUUUCAUGUUUGUUCCUGCAAUAAACCAGACAUUGGACCACUUCAUGGUCUAUAAGCUGACUCUAGGAACAAUUGUCAGGUGGGUGGCAUCUACUCCCAUGCAGAUCCUCGCAUUCUCCCAAUUUUUUACAGCAUCAUACAAAGGAUUGGGCUCUUUGUCGAUUGACACGGAUGUUUCAGUUGCCCUAAAAGCAACCCUGAUCUAUUUGUAUUCAGUGUUCGUAACCGUUUUCUCUUCAAAAUUUCAGGGGAUGGAUUAUUUUGGGUCCAUUUUAAACUUUAUGGCAUUCUGUCUUCUUGGGAGGUAUUUAUAUGCAUUUUUUAAGAGGAGAAGAUCUGUGGUCAUCUCCAAGCAUAAUAAUGGCUUAGCAAUGGAAACAUCAAUAAUUUUGAAUUUCGAUCAUGAAGGAAUGUUGAACAGGAAAGAAUGCAAAAACCGGUCGACACAGAGGAGUGAUGUGAUGACAAUUAUAUUUGGUGCAAGAACAGUUGGUAACUGGGAAUAUAGUAAGAAUGGAUUAGUAUCGCAUUAUAAUGGGAGAAUUUGUGGAUCAGAAAGUGUUGUCUCGCAGAUUGCUCAACUCGUUGAGUCCGACCAGAUGCUGGAAGGUCAUGCGCAGAAGUUUGCUUCUACCAUUGCGGGAGGCUUGAUGUUUUUGGGCAUUCCAUUUUCCAUAUCCGCAGGGCUAUUUUGGUAUUUAGGUGGUAAGCUCCAUGGUUACCCAGAAUGGUGGUUACCUAAUUCCAUGGAUUUCUCUGAAGUUGCAACCCAGGUUUGGAUAUCUGUUUUUACCAUAAGCUCCUCGUCUUCUCUCGCUCUCGCCACUCAAAUUGCUCUUAUGGUCGCUACUACAGUUGGGGCAAAACGGGGUAUUCUGUUUCCAAGUACAAGAGCUUUAGAAAGUCAACGUAAGGUAAAUUGCAUUGUGUUUAACAAGAAAACACUUACAAUUGGAAAUCCAGUGGUUGUUGCCGUAAAGCUUCUGAAUCCGGCUAUUAAAAUUCAAGAAUUUCUAGAACUUGUCGCUGCAGUUGAGGUAGGGUGCUACAGUCGAUUUGAGGCAAAUAGCAGGCAUCCUUUAGCAAAACCUAUUAUAGAAUAUGCCCGUAAAUGCAGAGAAGACCCGGACAGCUCCUUCUGGCCAGAAGCACGCGAUUUCGUCUCUGUUCCAGGCCGAGGGGUGAAAGCCAUUGUGCGGAAUAUGGAAAUUUUGGUCGGAAACAAGAGAUUUCUGGUUGAAAACAGUGUUGCUAUACCAGAUAUGAUACUUGAAGGACCGAAAAGGACAUCCGGAACUGUGACUUUUGUAUCAAUAGACCGGGAAGUAACGGGAGUGUUAGAAAUAUAUGAUGAACUGAAACCAGGUGUAAACCAAAUCAUUUCCAUUCUCAACGAGUCUAUGAAAAUUAAAACCGUCAUGGUGACUGGUGAUGAUCACGAAACUUCCAUUUCCAUUGCCAGGGAAGUCGGGAUAGGAAUGGUGAUUGCAGAAGCUAAGUCAGAGCAGAAAGUUGAAAAAGUGAAGGAGUUGCAGGAUGGAGGGUUUGUAGUGGCAAUGGUAGAUUCUUGUACAACUAAUUCAACUUCGCUCAUAGAAGCAGAUGUCGGUAUGGCAAUGGGAGCAGGGACUAGCAUUACUACAGAGGCGGCGGAUAUUGUUUUGACUAACAACAACUUGGAAGAUGUCAUUACUGCAAUUGAUCUUUGCAAUAAGACCAUUGCUCGUAACGAGCUGAAUCUAAAAUAUGGAAUCAUUCAUAAUGUGAUUGGUAUUCCAAUUGCUACUGCUGCACCGUUCUUACUCGGAUUCGUCAUACAGCCGUGGGUUGCUGGAAGUAUAGCCACAUGCUCCUCUCUGGUUUUGGUUACGUCGUCCUAUUUGUUGAAAAAAUAUACAAGCCCAAAAGAGCUCGAAACCCUAGAGUUGAACAAUGUAAUUGUGCAAUUAUGUAAAACCGCGGUUUCAGUUCUAGGAAAUAUGCAAUGUGCAGAACCUCCAUGGAAAAGAACCUGA